AUGCGUGUGCCUGAAGCCUACAGCAGCGAACUCACCAAAAGCCCCAGGAGUGAAGCAAGCUCAGCCCUGUUAGAGCUCUGUCUGGAGCAGGACGCCAUGUGUCACUUCUCUGUCAGUCCGAGGUGCAGCUGCCCAAAUGCCUACACACACAGAUGGGUGACUCCCUAUGUCACGAAUUAUUUUCACUGGGGCAAGUAUUUGAAAGAGACUGGAUCUGAAAGAGCUCCUUCAGAUUUCAGACAGUCUAAGACGCCACCAACCAAUGAAUUUCAAGUUGGUAUGAAAUUGGAAGCCCAUGACCCUCACAAUAUGGUGUCAGUGUGUGUUGCUUCUGUUACUGGAAUUACUGGAGCCGGAUUAUGUUUACGACUGGAUGGUGCUGACAGUAAGAAUGAUUUUUGGAGAUUGUUGGUUGAUUCUUCAGACAUAUGGCCUAUUGGAACAUGUGAACAAAAAAGAGAAUUACUUCAGCCUCCACUGGGGUACAGAAUGAAUGUUUCAUCAUGGCCUGUGUUCUUAUUAUGGACACUAACUAGAUCUGAACCGACACCUGCAGUGUUCUUUAAGAAGGAAUCCCCAUCACCACCCCUAAAUAAUUUUAAAGUUGGGAUGGAGAUUGAAGCUGUUGGUAAAAAAAAUCCAUUUAUGAUCUGUCCUGCCACAAUUGGAGCUGUCAAAGGAGAUACAAGGCAUAUUACUUUUGAUGGAUAGAGUAGAAUAUUUGAUUAUUGGUACAGAUAUGACCCCUGGGACAUUUUCCCAGUUGGAUGGUGUUACCUCACAGGAGAUGUAUUGCAGCCACCAGGAAAAAUUGGUAAGCUAAUGUCUAAUGCUGCAAAAACAAAGUCUUCCACCUCCAAAGAGGCUAAAUCUUCAAAGAAGUCUCCAUGGAAAACAGCUAUUCUACUACCAGUGCCACAGACCAGCAAGAAACCAGUACAACCCAAGCAAUCUGGAGAUACUUCAGUCACUAAGAAGGACAUUACUAUUAAAAUUGUUCUACCAAAGAAAAAGAGGUAGAAAGUUGGGAAAAAGGGUUAGUCAGAAAAAUGUAUUCUAGUAGUUUCUUCGACAUCUAAAGCUUCUAUAAGUUCACUGAUAAGAAGGUGUUUAUAUAAUAAAUACUCUGUGGGACUAUCUAAAAUAGUGAUGUCUACAGUCCAUGUUUAUAUAAAUAAAGAUGGAAUUUGUGGCCAAUACCUGGAUCCACACAGAGUUCAACAGCUACAUGACCACUUUGGUCCACACACUGUAAACGUGAUUCUCGACCGACUGACUAUUCAGGCCUGUGUGGAUUAUGCCAUUGAGGCCAAGACUAUAUUUCUACUUCUUAAACCAGACAAUCAUGGAGGAGAAAUGAUAACUGCUGACUUUUUGGACACGCAGAAUACCUAUGGGGAGCCCAAAGGAAAUUGUUACAGCGCGCUAGACACUACUGCGCAGCUUCAGAAGUCUAGUUUGCGCGCCUUGGUGGCCCCGCCCCCGCCCCUCAGAGCCCGUGGCGCCUUCGUGCGUUGGCGCCUUCGAGCGUUCGGUGCCUUCUUUCUGAAGAAGGCUCGCCGGAUUUCGGUCCAGGCGCUAUCCAGGCAGUGA